AUGACAGAGAUUGGACCUUUUGGCGUAAAUCCUGACGUUGCGAAUAUAUUGUUUGUGGAGUCCCCGGCAGGCGUUGGAUUCUCCUACUCCAACACCACCUCUGAUUACAAAGUGACAGCGGAUAAAAGGACUGAACUAGCUGAUACUAUUAUAAAGCGAAACAAAGAGGUCGAUCCAAUCUUGAUGAUCCAACUUAAAGGAAUCAUGAUAGGAAAUGGGAUAAUGAAUGAUCGCACCGAUGACAUAGGAACAUUGGAUUACGCCUGGAGCCAUUCAUUGAUUUCGGAUGAAACUUAUCGAGGACUUCUAAACCAUUGUAUAAUGACGCCCAAUGACACGAAAAAAUGUAAUGAUUUUAUUGCAAGAGAAGCCAAAGAAAUUGGUUACAUAGAUUAUUACAACAUCUACGGUCCAACAUGUUUGGAUUCCUCAAACAGUGAUGUGGAUGCAGUUGUUCCAGUGACUAGCACUCGAUAUUCCAUAGAUGCGUUAAAACUUAAAGUGAUCAAACCUUGGCAUCCUUGGACCGAUGAUGGAGAAUUUCAGGCAGCGGGAUAUAAAGUGGUAUAUGAUGAAUUGACUUUCGCAACAGUUCUAGGCGCUGGUCAUCAAGUUCCAAUAAUUCAGCCGUGCAGAGCUUUGGCCUUAUUUAAGAUGUUUUUAGCAGGAAAUUAA